CCGCUCCCCCCGAGGGCCGCUUUCCGCUUCCGGCGCGGUGCACGGCGGGAAGCUGGAGGAGGCCAUUAGGGGCUGCGCGCGGGCCCGGGCUGAGGUGGUUGCGGGCGGGUAGAGCCGCAGCUCUGCAGACAUGUCGAUCGGGGUGCCCAUUAAAGUCCUGCACGAGGCGGAAGGCCACAUCGUGACAUGCGAGACCAACACAGGAGAAGUCUACCGGGGCAAGCUUAUCGAAGCUGAAGACAACAUGAACUGCCAGAUGUCUAACAUAACAGUGACGUACAGAGAUGGCAGAGUGGCACAGCUUGAACAGGUCUACAUCAGAGGUAGCAAGAUACGGUUUCUCAUCUUGCCAGAUAUGUUGAAGAAUGCUCCUAUGUUAAAGAGCAUGAAGAAUAAAAACCAGGGUUCUGGGGCUGGGCGAGGAAAAGCAGCUAUUCUCAAAGCUCAAGUGGCUGCAAGAGGAAGAGGCCGUGGUAUGGGCCGUGGCAACAUUUUCCAGAAGCGAAGAUAACUUUGGUCUUGACCGACAGGCUUGUCUUAUUAGGGAGUGUUAACUUGGCUACAUGUGCAUCGGUUUAAGUUUUGUUUAAUUAAAUAAAUAUUUCUGACAAAAACAUUGUCUGCUGUUGUAUGACAGAACUCCUCUUGGACAUAUCGAAAUUCUGGCUUCUUUUUAGAGCUGAGAUACAUAUAUUGUAUGUUAUUAUCAGGCUUGUAACUGCUUUGUCUGGAAAGUAGAGGGCUUGGUACUUAGAUUUGGCUUCACUGAAUCUUUUUGUAUGAUGAAUUGAGUUUUAAAAGAUCAUACUUCCUUUCUCUUGCUAGAUCCUAUUGUCAUUCACUCCCUAAACAAAAAGUAGGAGGUACUUUCGAUGAUGAAUUUUUAAGUCAUGUGUUUUAAAGUCUUUAUUAGCUGUUGUGUUUAUGGAGCAUACAGCCAAACGGUGGCAACUUCCUGAGAAAAAGCACUACUUUUGCUUCGUACGGACCUACAAUAUAUAGGUCCAUAUUAAGAGCUGUACACUGAGCUUAUAUUCCUGUAUUUCAUAUUUUCCCUUUGGAUACAGAGAGGAACUUUCACUAGGAAUGUGCAUAACUUAAAUAUUUGAUAAGCUAUUCUAGCCUUAAGUCUAAGAUUUGAUUCUCAUCCCUUUUGCUGCUUUGUUUGUUUUUCCCCUCCUACCUGGGGACAGAGGUUCAUUGACAGAAUUUCAAAUUUGUCCUCAAAAAACAAUUGUGAAUUCAAAAGUAGUGCAGGUGUAUUGGAGAAGAACCAUAUUAAUGGUUAUCCAUUAAAUAUGACUAUACAAAGAUUAAUCUUUUGAACAAGACCCAGGACUGAUCCUAGCUUUAGUCUUGACACUAACGCAUCAUCGUGUAGAUCACAAGAUGAUCUGCAGGAUACCAAAUUUCAUUAAAACUUUAGCUUAUUUUGCUGAAAAUAUAGUGUGGUUAUUCUCAUUGCUGACUUAAAUGGUUGCAAUGUUAAAAUUCAACACUCCUGUGUCUAAUCUUCUACUUCUGUGAUGAAUUGUCAGUUUGUGCAUGUGUCAAAUAUCUAUUCUUGCUCUGAUGCUGUGAAGACUUUCCCUUGUGUGCAGACAUGGAAGUUCAGCUAAAGCAUCAACUUGCUUCAUUGUUUGUAAAUAAAGCAUUGAGCACUGAUUAUUAGGAUCAUGAUCACAGAAGGAAAUUUAUCAAAAUUUUUAUAAAGAUUUGCAUUAGAAACUUAAAGUUUGUUGAAGUUGUGCUUGAUGUUAAUUAUAAAAACAAUGCUUUCUUAUGCUUUAAUUGAGGUUUCAGUAAGGCUUUUCUUGAGGACUUAGCUAUAACUACAGAAGCUUGUCCAAAAUUGAUUCACAGAGACAGGUUUUUGCAAAACCUUACUUCAAAAUAGGGCAUGAGCCAUAUGUUAUUCAUGUAACAGUAGUGCUUUCCUGAAGGCUGCAUUUCUGCCUUAAAGUGAGCACUUAAAGGAAUUUAGUAAUGAUAUUUAAACUUUUCUUGCAGAAGCCUAGUAUUCCUCAAAUCCCUAUUCACUCAGAAGAGAAGCCUGCCUGACUGCAGUUGAUCUGACUAUCCCCUCUGAAAGUGCCUGUGCACAAAGCACUAGCAAGUAAAAGUAUGCUGGUCUAUAUGCGUAUGACCUGUCUGUUGGUAGUUUCUGGAGCUCUUCAUUAAUAAGCUUAGCUCUAACUCUUACUGUGAGAGAGAGAGAGAGGACAUCUGUUGUCUUCACAGAACUUCUUCCCCUCCACCUGCCUUAAUGUAAAGGUUUCUGAAUUUCACAGGCUAUUUUGAGACAGACUAUCUUAAAAUGAACAUGAAGUCCAUUUUGAAUCUGUAUACUAUGAAACUGUUCCACGCACUUAGACUCUUGUUAUUGGGCUUUAACACAAAGGGGAACAGAGUCCCAUCUUAAUGCUCUACCAUGAACUUCAUAAUGAAAGCUGAAGUGUUGGCUUGUGGUGGUCACUUGCUGACUCCCAGGAUCUCCGGAGGUGGGUUGAUUAGGUGACAUUAAAUAUGUUCUGUUGACACCCACCAGCUUUGCUAGGUGGUGAUACCUGAGAUGUGCUCAUUCGUUAGCAUAUAUCACUGUAUCCACUUGAAAUAAAAUGUCCUUUAUUUGCA